UUGUGCUGGCUCAAAAAGAUAUGAUUAGUUCUUUGUGUGUGUGUUGUUUGCAUACAUAUGUUGUAUAUGUGAUCAUCAUCAUGGUCCAUUGGCUGAUUUGGUUGCCUUGUUUUUUCAAUGUUCAUUUAAAUGCUAUAGGAUUCUAUCGAUGAUUUACCAAAAAUUAUUCUAAUUAAAAAAUGUCAUCAUAAUUUAAUGAAUGUUAACAACAUUUUAUAGAUUACAAAAUUGAAAAAAAAAUCUUAAUAAUAAUCAUGAGCCUUGCAACUGCAUCACCAACAAGUUCAUCACCAUCACCAUCGCCAUCAUCAUCCGCAUCUGCAUCAGUAACAUUGAUUCAACAACAACAACAAUUAUCAUCUAUGACAGCUGGAUCGAUUAAUCAAAGUCCAAAUUAUUAUCGUCGUCAUCAUCAAGAAUCACAACAAAAUUAUCAUCAACAACAUAACAAUCAUAAUCGACAACAAUCAAAACCAUCGACAAUAUCGCAACAAUUUUUCAAUUCUAAAUUAAUAAAUCGUAAUUCUACUGCGGUUGAAAAUCCACCGCCAGUCAAUGUUGACAAAUCAAUGACAAAUCAAUCUCAAAAAUGUCAAUCACAACAACGCAAUCAAAUUGAUGAUUGUGGUAGUAGUGAUCAACAACAACAACAAUCACCAUCACCAUUAUCAUCGACACCAUCAUCAUCGAAUAUCGAAACACCAUUACAAAUAAUUGAUCGUUGGUCAAAAGAUUUUCAUUCAUUGAUUGAUGAUCGUGAUGGUGUUAAUUUGUUUCGACAAUAUACAGCACAAGCUGGUGCUGAUUAUAUGUUAAAUUUUUAUUUUGCCUGUAUUGGUUUGAAAUCUCAGGAAAUCGAUAUUGCCACUAGAAAUCGUUUAAUUUCUGUGAUAUUUAAACGUUUCAUAUUGAAUCCACAAAUACUUUCAUUAUCGGAAAAAUGUCAACAAAAUUUAUUAGAUAUUUAUAAAAAUCAACGUAAUCAUAAUCAAGAUUCAUCAACAAACGAUCAUUCUGCAAAUCGUCAAUUGGAUGCCAAUACAUUUGAUGAAGCAUUCGAUGAAAUUGAAGCACAAUUAAGUGGUGGUAUUUAUCAAAAUUUUCUCAAAUCAAGAAUAUUUUUUGAUUAUAUUAAUAAAUUUGAUUCGACAAUAAACAAUGUUCAACAAACGCAAUCAUCUUCAGCAGCUGGAACAUCGUCGUCAUGCAACAAAACAACGAAUUAUUCUGAUCAACAACAAUCUUCGCAUGGAAAAUGCAAUUCAGAACUUCAGAAUGCGGAUGAUCAAACGGAACAAGAAUCAAUUGCAGAGUCAAAUAAUAAUUAUAUAAACAGAUAUGAUAUGCCUGUUAUUGAUGAAAUCAGUGAAGAUGGUGAUUCAACAACUGUCAUUGAAGUUGUGCCUAAAUCCGCUCAACAACAACAACAAUAUCAACAACAUUCACGACAACAACAACAAUCAUUUCGAUCAUUAACAUUAUCAAAUAAAUUAAAUUCAUCACAAGGUGUUAACUCUCGUUUACCAGGAUUACAGCUACAAUAUUAUCAAUUGGAAAAUUGUCCACCACAUCCAUAUCAUGUAAAUAGACAUGCACAAUAUUCAUCAAUACAACAUAAUUCGAAAAAAGAUUCUGAAAUUGAAUCAAUAUCAUCAAGUGAUUCAUCGUUAGUUUGUUCAGCACGUGAUAGAAAAUCAUCCAUACGUAAUUCAAUGUCAUUAUCAAAUAAAACAUUAGCACAACGUUUCCAACGACCACCACCACAACAAUUAAAAAAUCAGCUAUUACCUACUGAAGAUCCAGAAGAAUUUGCCCGGAAAUUAAUUGAAAAAUUAAAUAAAGUUCGUUCAGAACAAGAAACCGAUAUUAAAUUAAGUCAAGCGCUCAAAUCAUUUGAACGUUCACAUUCACCAUCAUUGCCUGGAUCAUCAUCAUCACAACAAAUUGGUAACAAUAUUCAACAGCGUGAAGCUGGUGUUGGAAAAAAUUCAACAACAACAACAGCCAACAAUAAUAAUAAUAAUAAUAAUCAAACAUCAUCAUCAUCGUCGAAUAAUAAAUCAUCAAAUUAUCGUGAAUCUGGUCUAGGUUUAGCAUUGAAAAAUAUUGAUUUUAGUACGCUGAAAAAUGAAAGUGGUCAAGCAAUAUUGGAUAAACAUUUUGCACAGGUUUUUGAAACACCAAAUGCUGAUUCACCAUCAACAUCGAAUCAAUCAACAUCGGCUGUACCGACAUUUACUCAUGCUCAUAAUAAUCUGCAACAACAACAACAGCAAAUUCAUUAUUUUGCUGGUCAACCGGUAAUUACCAAUUCUACAGCAGCUAUUUUAACUGAAAGUGGUAAUUCAGCAACAUCCACAACGAUACAUCAAUUAUUACCGCCACCAUCACCAUUAUCACCACAACCACAUUUUAUAAAUCAAUUCAAUUCUGCAUUAUCAAUUAAUUCUUCAGCAAAUUGUGUGCCAAUACCAGCAUAUGUUAAAUUUUCAAAUGAAGAAGUUCCACAUAAGUUAACAUUGAUGGGACCACAUAUAACAUUAUUAACAUUCAAACAACAAAUUCCAUCCAAACGUAAUGGUAUACAGGAAUUUUUUUUCAAACGACAAUCAAGUGAAUCGGAAAAACUGGAUUGUGGUUCAGAUUCAUUGUGGAUAAAUAUUAAAGAUGAUCAUCAAUUAUUACCACAAUUGGAUGGAAAAAUUCAUGCAAGAGUUGAAUUGAAUUGAAUUUUAUCAUUUUGUUUAUUUAUAAUUAUCAUUCGCUGCCUAAUUCAUUUAUCAAUCAAUUCUGUUCGUUCACUUUUUCCGGUUUUUUAAAUAACAAAUAAUCAAUGAAAAUCUGAAUGAAUUCUUUGGCCAUCUCUCUUCUUUUUAUUCUCAAAUAACUGUUAUAUAAUUUACAAUCUGAUCUGAUUUUAUUGCCAAAAUAAUUGGAUAAUUUUCUCAAACCAAAAAGUGUUCGACAAUCGCCAAAAAAAACAUUAAC